AUGGUGGAACUCACGAAUGAGGGAUCGUCUACUGGAAUUGAUACAAACAGUCACCUCUACAUUCAUCCAUCUGAUAGUCCUGGUGUGGUACUUGUACCUGUCCCUUUUGAUGGAACUGGUUUUCAUUCCUGGCGAAGAAGUGUCCUCAAAUCUUUGUCUGUGAAAAACAAAUUGAUUUUCAUCAACGGUGAAUGCAAACGCCCACCUAAAACUGAUCCAACUUAUCGCCAAUGGGUGAGAUGCGACGAUAUGGUCACGUCGUGGAUUCUUAAUUCACUGGGUAGAGAAGUUGCGGAUAGUGUCGAAUAUGUGGGUGAUGCUUUGGAAUUAUGGACAGAGCUAGAAGAUCGCUACGAUCAAACAAAUGGAGCACAGCUGUACCAAACUCAGAAAGAGAUCAACGAUCUUAGUCAAGGUAUUCUCGAUAUCACCACAUACUACACUAGAAUGAAGAAACUCUGGGAAGAACUUAACAGUUUAUGCAUUACCAGUCAGUGCAAUUGUGUUUGUAUUUGUGGAGCUAAAACUAAUCUUCAAAAGGCAGAGCAGGAUAGGCGCCUAAUUCAGUUUCUUAUGGGGUUAAAUGAAGUCUAUACCAUAAUCAGGGGUAGUAUUUUAAUGAUGAACCCAUUGCCUUCUAUGGCACAAGCCUUUGCAUUGUUGGUUCAAGAAGAAAAACAAAGAGAGUUCAAGCCAAAUAAUCAAUUGUUUGUUGAAGGAAGUUCAUUAGUUGCUGGGUCCUCAAGUUCCUCAAAUUCAUCAGGAGGAAGGAAUUUUACAACAAACUACUCUUCUUCCAACAUCACCAACAAUGCACCUAGGGGUAGACCUUACUGUGAUUACUGCAGAAGGCCGGGUCAUACCAGGGUUAAGUGUUACAAGUUACAUGGAUAUCCUCCUGGUCUAACUACCAACAAUCCCAGACCUACUAAUCAUGAUCCACAACACCAAAACCAAAGAUACAACAACCAGAACUCAAGUCAUAGGAAUAACAAGGGUAAGGGUAUAGCAGCUAAUUCUGUCAGUUUGUCUUGUGAUAUCCCUGGAAAUCAGGAUGGAUCCUCAGAGUCUCAUUUCAAUGACCAAGGAAACAACAACAUCAACCUCACCAGAGAGCAGUAUGAACAGGUUGCUCAUUUGCGGCAACAAUUCAAAGAAUUCAGCCCCAUGGAGGAUCAAAAUGCUAUGCACAUGACAAGUGGAGCUGUGAACUUUGCAGGUACUCUUACUUGUUCUACUUCCAUUGACUUUGACAAACUUUCUUGUGAAUGCUUCAAAACAAGAACUGAUCUAUGGAUAUUAGACUCAGGUGCCUCUCACCAUAUGACUUUUGACAGAAAUCUCCUUGUGAACCUGAUAACCUUACCCUAUCCUCUCUUGGUCAGACUACCUAAUGGAUAUAGAGUUAAGAUUACAGAGAUAGGUAGUGUGUGUCUAACUUCCGAGAUCACUUUGUACAAAGCCCCUUCACUGAAGAGGCCUCUGGAGAUUGGAUCAUCUGAUUACUCUUAUUACCACCAUCCCUCCACACCUGUAGAAAGUGAUCCAGGUCCUGUAAACAACACUAAUCAACCUCUGUCACCAACACUUUCUACUCCAACUACUUCUCCAAUUGGUCCUUCUAAUCCCACCAUGUCAUCCACUCUACCUCAUACUUCCAUACCUAUUUGCCACCCUACAAGACCUGCCCUUAGAAGGUCUCAUAGGAUACAUAAAGUACCUCCUUACUUGUCUGAUUAUGUCCAUCGAACACAUCUAGUUAUUUCCUCCCAACCUCCUACAUCCCUCAAUGCUCAUUUUUCCCUUAACUACCACAUAUCACCUGCUGCUCUAAAUCCUGAAAGUCAGUCUCUUGUAAUGAAUGUUUCUCAUGAUUGUGAGCCUAGUUCAUAUGAUGAGGCAACUACAGACCCUGCUUGGCAAACAGCUAUGACACAGGAAUUCAAUGCAUUACAUGACAACAAUACAUGGACCCUCACAACCUUACCAAUUGAUAAGAAGGCCAUUGGGUGUAAGUGGGUUUACCAAAUCAAACACAAGGAAGAUGGGAGUGUAGAGAGAUAUAAGGCCAGAUUGGUAGUGAAAGGAUAUACUCAACAUCAUGGUAUAGAUUACACAGAAAUUUUCUCACCUGUUGUUAAAAUGACAAUUGUAAGGACACUCAUUGCCACUGCAGCAAAGAAACAAUGGAAUAUAUAUCAACUUGAUGUUAAUAAUGCCUUUCUCCAUGGAGAUUUGCAUGAAGAAGUGUACAUGGAUAUACCUCCUGGUUUGUCUGUUCCUACCACAGGCAUGGUCUGUAAACUCAACAAGUCACUGUAUGGUUUGAAACAAGCUAGUAGACAGUGGUAUGAAAAACUAACUGAAGCUUUAAACACAAGAGGGUACACUCAUUCUCUCCAUGACUACUCCCUAUUUUACAGAAAAAAAGGCACAUCUACUGUGUUUCUUGGUGUGUAUGUUGAUGAUAUUUUGCUCACAGGAACAGAUAUUGAUGAGAUAACUGAGCUCAAGAAGUUCCUUCAUCAUCAGUUUAAGAUCAAAGACCUAGGCAGAUUACACUAUUUUUUGGGUUUGGAAAUUUUAUACAAGGAUGAUGGGAUUCUUAUUUCCCAGAGGAAGUUUGUACAGGAUCUCCUCAAAGAAUUCAGUUGUGAUCACUCCACUCCCUUGUCUUCUCCCCUUGAUCCUAAUGUUAAGCUGCGAGCACAUGAGGGAAAGGCACUAGAUGACCCCACUCAAUACAGAAAACUGAUUUCAGGGUAUCUGCCUAUUGUGAUUCUGAUUGGGCUGCCUGCCCUGAUUCGCGAAAGUCUGUCACUGGUUACAAUGUGUUGUUGGGUGAUAGUCCUAUUAGUUGGAAGUCCAAGAAGCAAGAAACAAUUAGCAGAAUACAGGUCCUUAAGGAAAGUUGUAGGAGAAUUGGUCUGGUUGCAAAGGCUAUUUGAGAAAUUGACUAUACCUAGCCUUGGCCCCUUUCAUGUUCACUGUGAUAGCCAAGCAGCUAUUCAUAUUGCCAAGAACCCCGUCUUCCAUGAGCGCACCAAGCACAUUGAAGUGGAUUGCCAUUUUGUAAGAACCAAGCUUCAAGAAGGCCUUAUAACAUUGCAUCAUAUUGGCACUGCUGCUCAGUUAGCAGACAUACUCACGAAGGCCCUCACUGGCAUCAAGCACUGCACUUUAUUGGACAAGUUGGCUAUGUCUAUUCCGCCUCCAACUUGA